AUGUCUAUCGUUACAUCAGACCGAGUAUCUUUGCUGAACCAUGUCAAACCAUUCAAAACAACAUGGAAGGUUGAAGUAAAGGUUCUGCAUUCAUGGACACAACAUUCGAAUUACACUGGUGGAGACUCUGUUCAGUUCAUACUAGCAGAUAAGACAGGUGUUAAGAUUCAUUGUACCUGCAAGAAACUCUUCCUUGCUCGUGUUAAGAAAUUGCAGAUUGGAGCAUGGAGGUUCAUUGAGAAUUUUGCCGUGACCCCAGCUGGCGGAAAGUACCGUCCAACGAGCCAUGAAUACAAGAUGUCCAUCCUAAGCAACUCCAACCCAAUUGAUAAUGGAGAUUUGCAAGUUGUGGCAGUGCAAACUAAAGAAACAAAGAAGCUGGAACUUACUUUGAGAGAUACUGAGAUGCCAAAUAAUGAGCAAAAUAAUGAGCUUGCUCUCACAACUGGUUGUCGUGAGGUUGUCAAACCAAAGGGAAACAAACGCCAACCAGAUAAAUGGUCUCUUUACCCAGAAAGAACAAUUUUGGAUAUCAUUAUGUAUGAUAAAUGCAUUGUCAAGGCAACUGUCUAUGCAAUAGACACAGACUGGGCAUGGUAUUAUUUUGGUUGUGUUAAGUGCCACUACAAAAAGGUGACCAACAUUACUAAUAAAGAAUUGGUGCCUGUGAAACAUCUGUGGUUUAAACUCCAUCUCCUAAUAAAGGAUGACACUGGUGAAACUAAGGUGAUGUUACUUGAUACUACUGUUGAACCCAUUUUGGGAGUUGAGGAUCCUGAAGAUUUGCUUAACGCUAUUACUGAUCUGAUUGGGAAGACUUUGAUGUUUGGUGUCUAUGUGGGCAAAGACAAUGUUGACUAUGGAUCCCACAUAUGUAACAUUGGGAAAACUUGGUCUGCUGAUGAAAUAAUAUCAGAGUCUGACGAUGACAAUUCUGAAGAUACAUUGACUAAUGGUGUUUCAUCUGAUCGUUCAUCAGGACAGGUAUCUUUCAUCACCAUUGACAGUGAAGAUAACACCUGUUUAUCCUCAACUCCACUUUCAAAACGUAAAGUUGACAAUGAAAUUGAAGACCUUUCUUCUACUUCAAAAAAACAGUGCUCAAAGAUUAUCAAGGUUGAAAAGGUUGUUGUGGAGUAG